AUGGGCACCACGAUCAUGGCAGCCAGCUAUGAUGGCGGAGUGGUGAUGGGCGCGGAUUCCAGGACGUCCACGGGCUCAUACGUGGCCAACCGCGUGACGGACAAGAUUACACCGCUGACCGAUCGCGUGUACAUCUGCCGCUCCGGCUCCGCAGCAGACACGCAAAACCUGUCGCGAUACGUGCAGUGGUUUCUGGAGCAGCACGGCAUGGAGCUGGGGGACGACCCUGAGGUGAAGACGGCAGCCAAGCUGGCGCAGACGAUGGCGUACCAGAACAAAAAUCUCCUGCAGGCAAGUGGAGGGUUGGCGGGCCUGAUUGUGGCGGGGUGGGACAAGCACCACGGCGGCAGCGUGUUUGCCAUCCCGCUUGGGGGCACCCUGGUCAAGGUGCCCUUUUCCAUCGGCGGCUCGGGGUCGGCAUACAUCAAUGGCCUCUGCGACAGGCUGUGGCGGCCCAACAUGAGCGAGGAGGAGUGCAAGGCGUUUGUGGUCAAGGCAGUGUCGCACGCCAUGGCCCGAGAUGGCUCCAGCGGCGGCUGCAUCCGCACUGUGGUCAUCAGCAAGGACGGCAUCAAGCGCAGCUUCAUCCCCGGGGAUGAGGUGCCGGUGGCGGCGGGAGAGCUGCCACCGCCGGUGCGGCAAGUGCGGGCAUGA